AUGUCUGACCUCACUGCAAAUGGGUUAACACCCGCUACCCGCGUGGCUAACGGCGAGACCCCUCCCAAUUGGGUCCCUUGCGCCGAGCAACCUGCCUUUGCGCGACGGAAACUCAAGAUAAUCUGUAUCGGCGCGGGCUACUCGGGUUUGACACUUGCCCACAAGAUCGACCACGAGCUGAAGCUCGGCGAUGUCGUGGAUUUCAAGAUCUACGAGAAGAAUCCCCAGGUCGGCGGAACCUGGUUCGAGAAUACCUAUCCUGGUGUUGCUUGUGAUGUCCCGGCUCAUGCAUACACAUUUUUAUUCGAGCCUAACCCAACCUGGUCCCAAUUCUAUGCACCCGGUCCCGAGAUUGAGGAAUACAUUCAACGAACAACGAAGAAAUGGAACUUGGACAAAGACGUCCAGUUUAACACCCGUGUUACUGAGACCGUGUGGAACGAAGAGCUCGGAAAGUGGAAAGUGGUGGUAGACCAAAAUGGUACAAUCACGCAUGACGAGGCCGAUAUUCUGGUCAAUGCGUCCGGUUUCUUGAACAAAACCAACUGGCCCAAGAUUGAGGGCCUGUCGAGUUUCAAGGGCAAGUUGAUUCACACUUCGACUUGGGAUAACACCUACGACUGGGAGAACAAGCGUGUCGCAGUCAUUGGUAAUGGCUCCUCCGGAAUUCAAUGCGUCGCUGCAAUGCAGCCGAAGGUUGCCAGACUUGUCAACUUUGUGCGCAGUCCGACCUGGGUCUCUGUCAACUUUUGCGCGGAGAUGACAGAAAGUGGAGGCAAUUUUACCUUCACAGAAGAGGAGAAAAAGAAGUUCGCGGAAGAUCCAGAGGCUCAUUUCAAGUACCGAAGAGGGUUGGAGAACAGUGUCAAUGCGUUCUUUUUUGGUAUGUAUAAAGGCCACCCGAUGCAAUUGGGCUUGACACAGGCUUCUGCGGAUCAAAUGGCGGAGCGAAUGAAGGGAAUCUCUGACCCAGAAGUUGUGUCAAAGAUGCUUUCUCAUGAUUUCCGUCCUGGCUGCCGUCGCUUGUCGCCAGGAGAUGGGUAUCUGGAGGCUUUCCACAAGGACAAUGCGACUCUCACCUUCGAUCCAAUCGAAAGUAUCACAGAACAUGGUAUCAAGACAUCGAAAGGUGACGAGCAAGAAUUUGAUGUGAUCGUCUGUGCCACAGGGUUUGACACGUCCUUUAUUCCAUCUUGGAAGCUGGUUGGCCGCAAUGGAGCCAGAUUGGAAGAGCGAUGGAAAGUCAACCCCGAGGCCUUCUUUGCGGUCCAAGUGGAGUCAAUGCCGAACUACUUUAUCUUCAACGGGCCGAAUUGCCCUAUCUCCCAUGGCUCGCUUUUGACCGAGGUCUCUUGGACAUGUGAUUACAUUCUCCGGUGGGCGGAGAGGAUUGCUGAACAUGAUAUCAAGUCAAUUGAUGUCAAGAAGGAAGCCAUGGAAGACUAUAACGUUUGGUGUCAGGAGUUCCUCAAGCGUACGGUCUGGUCGGAUGAGUGUCGGAGCUGGUACAAAAACGGAAAGAGUAAAGGCCAAGUCACCGGAGUAUACCCGGGCACGAUUUUACACUUCAAAGACUGCCUUGAAAACAUUGGCGGGGAGCACUUCAAUGUUGACUACCGCUCUAAGAACCGGUUCCGAUGCCUAGGUAACGGUGAAAGUGUGCGUGAUCUGAAUGGGGCAGGUGAUUUGGCGUGGUACAUGGACGAUUUGAAAGUCACCACACCACCACUCCAAGUCAACGGCACAAACGGCACAAACGGCACAAAUGGCACAGUUUGA